UCUGGUUGUUACUCGGGAAUACAGGAGAAAAAUUUGAUUGGGGAAAAGAAUUAUUGGUUUUGUUUGAGAGUGACCUAGACCGGGUAUGAUUAAAAUGCAGGAAUAUUUAGCUGCUCUCGACAGGGGUGAUGAAAAUGAAUAGAGACAUGUCACUCGUAAAAUGUUUCUUGCUGGUUGUGUGUGUCGUGGUGCCAGUGGAUGCAGCGGUAUCAUGCACAACACUUGACUUCGUUAUAGGAAUUUUGAGUCCAAAGGCGGGAGAAUCCCCUUUACAGAAAGACUUUGAUGACUUCAGUACAGUGACAAAUGAAGAAGUGAACAAAUGCUUCAAUACCCCAAACAGCGUUAGUUUGAAUGUUGAUGAUGUUCUAAAUAUACCAAAGUCAGGUUGGACUAAAAUUAAAAAAGGCAUUGACGAUGCUAUUGGCUUUCAAGCAAAUACUAAAAAGCAUCUUGGGUUGUCGGUCGUUGUUGGUCCAUUUUAUCAGAACCUAGCGAUGAUUCUAGAAGACUGGGGUAUACCAUAUGUCGUCACAGAUUACACUGGAUUUGACUGGUCAGAUAUUAACCUAGUUGAUUCGUCCGUCAAAUGGAAGAAUAUAGUUGAAGUACGGCCUCCGAUGAAAGAAUUCAAUGGAGCCAUUGUCGAUUAUUUUGUUUCGAAGAACUGGGAAAGUGCAGUUAUGAUUAUGCCGGAGCAUCCAAGGGAAAAUCAAGAAUGCCAGAACCUUGCUCAUCAGAUGGUAGAGCAUAAUAUUUCUCCUAUAUCAUACACUCUACGAUAUCAGAAUGAAGAAGAAAUGAAAGAAAGCACAGAUGAAGUUCUUAGGAACGUACAAUUACUGGAACAGAAGAGGAUAGUGAUUUGUAGCCCGAGAGAUGAAAAAUAUAAUCUUAUACAGAUGGUCUUAGAACAAGCAAAACUGUUCCGUAUGCUUGUCGAUGAAAGUUAUAGUUUCUUUAUAUUAGACCCGUCGACACACCUUAAAGCCUUGUCAGAGAUCAACAUGUACAGAACAGGACUAUUUACAGCCAAAUGUGAACUACUGGCGUAUAGAUACACCGACAUCAGCAAUGAUUCCAUACAUUUUGACACCGGCUAUGGCUUUGGUGCGGCCGAUGCAGCCAGAAUCAUCAAUGAAGCAAAAUAUUAUUAUAUCACUGAUAAUGAUUCAACUAAGAAUACCAACUUCUCAAGAGAAAUAUACCUCAAAGCACUGAAAACAGUCAAAAUAGCUCGUGGGGAAACAGGUUUUAUAGAGUUUAAUCGAACAACAGGUUCCAGGAUUGGCUACUCUUUAUCUCUGUACAAUUACGGUGGUGCCAAUUUAUUUUCUAAGAUCGGGUCCUGGGAAAAGAUGGAGCCGUAUGAGACUGAAAUAGACAAUGAAACAACGGAGUACAUACCAGAUCCAGCUGAUCGUUUGACCUUCAUAGAUGUCAAUGAAACCGAUACUGGUGAAUCCAGAGGAAUAUUCAGAGAUAUGGAACCCGUUGUGGUAGUUUUGGAGGAACCGUUUGUAAUGUAUAGAGACUUGCCAAAAGGUAUUGUAGUUACCGGAAACGAUCGAUUUGAGGGCUUCACUAUUGAUCUUUUAGACCGCAUUAGUAGAGACUUGAAAUUUAAUUAUAAAAUAAUUUUAUCACCAAAUAAUGAAUAUGGUGGACCGAGAGGAAGAGAUCCAAGCGAAGCUGAAUGGGGUGGAAUAGUUGGUGAAAUUCUUGCGAAGAACGCAACAUUAGGCAUGGGCGCCAUUUCUAUAACAUCACAACGGCAGUCUGUUAUCGACUUUAGCCUGGGCGUUGUCGGCACUGGCGUUAACAUUCUGAUACAUAAACCAGAGGAAGUCCUUAGCAUCUUUCAAUUUCUUACUCCUUUCUCCCUCGAACUUUGGAUGGCAAUAAUUGGCUCUUCGUUUGGAGUUUCGAUUUUGUACUUCCUAUUAGACUUCAGGAGCAAGGAAAGAUUGUUUACUCUAAAAUCUACCCUUUGGUUUUCACUUGGAACAUUGCUUAUGAAAGGCAGUGAAUUUUCACCUAAAAGAACAUCUCAAAGAAUUUUAACAACUGGAUUUUUGUUCUUUGUUUUGAUCACGGUGUCUACGUAUACAGCUAAUAUGGCUGCCUUUUUGACAAAGAAAAAUCUAGAAGAGCCAGUUGACUCUUUCGAGCAACUAGCUGAAAGGGAUGACAUACAAAUUUACACUGUUGAAAACUCAGCUACCAUGAAUUUUCUGAAAACAUCUGCAGAAAGUUCUGUGUAUCAUCAGAUAUGGGAAAAAAUUGCCCGUGACAACCAUAAAGGCCUUGUGCCAAACGCUACCGUGGGGAGGAGGAAAGUUGAAGAAGGGGCAGCUGCUUUUAUCUUUGACUCAAUGAUAAAUCUUUACUCCGAGAAGCGAUACUGUAAAACGCAAUCUGUGUCUGCUCCAAUCCUACUUCAGGAGCAUGGGAUCGCAAUGAUGAAUGGGGCGCCUUUCAAAUCACAGUUAAAUAUCGAACUACUUUUAUUGAAGGAAGAAGGAUUUAUUCAAGCGCUAAGAAAAAAAUGGUGGGAAAAUACCCGCUAUUGCGAUGAAGACUUUCAAAGUAGAAGUUCGAAGCAAGUGUCAUUUGAAUUGGAUCAUACAGCUGGUGUGUUUAUUGUGGGAAGUUUUGGGCUUGCAGCAGCACUUACAUUAUUUAUAUGCAAGAAAAUAUAUGUCUUAGGACAGAGAGACAGUCCCUUCCCAACAAUAAGAAAAGAGGAAAACUCGGUAGGAAGAAGCCCUGAAGAAAAACUUAUCUACGGGUUAACGGAGGGAAAGCAGUCUACAGUGUAA